AGGCAUCUCGCCUGCGUGAGUCACAAGGUCCAGGCGUCUGUGCUACACUUCCCUCUGUGGGCCAGGGCGGACCUCGCCUCCCCUUUCUCUCACUCCCAACUCUCCUCAGUUCUCUCCGCGCUGUCCUGUGCUCUGCUUUCCCCGUUCAUCUCCCGGUCCUCUCCAUUACGGUGGAUUCAUGAUCAGCUCUCGCCCUCCUCGCUCGCCAUGCAGAACAACCACAAUAAGGAACAUCUCUAUAAGAUUCUUGUGAUAGGGGACCUCGGGGUCGGCAAGACCAGCAUCAUCAAGCGCUAUGUCCAUCACAACUUUAGCCCCAACUACCGAGCCACCAUUGGGGUGGACUUCGCACUCAAAGUCCUCAACUGGGACCAGGAAACGGUGCGCCUACAGCUGUGGGACAUUGCAGGUCAGGAGAGGUUUGGCAACAUGACCCGUGUGUACUACCGCGAGGCAGUGGGUGCCUUCAUUGUGUUUGACGUCACAAGGCCCGCCUCCUUCGAGGCCGUCACCAAAUGGAAGGAGGACUUGGAUUCCAAACUGUCACUUGCCAAUGGGAAAAAUGUAGCCACUGUGCUUUUGGCUAAUAAGUGUGACCAGGGCCAGGACGUACUGAACAAUAAUGGAAUAAAGAUGGAGCAGUUCUGCCAGGACAACGGCUUUGUGGGAUGGUACGAGACGUCUGCUAAGGAAAACAUCAACAUCGAUGAAGCAGCUAACUGUUUGGUUAAACACAUCAUUGCCAGUGAGAAUGACAUGCUCCAAUCAGAAGUCCCAGACACCAUCACCCCCCAGUUAGAGAAGGACAAAGGCGGGACAUGCUCCUCCUGCUUUAGAUCCCAGUAAUAGCCCCUGACAGUUGGAUAUUCUUUUGUAUCUCAUUACACAAAAAGUCAAGUUUGUCUGUGAGCAGGAGACAGAGGGAGAACUACUUUGGUUGUUUUUUUAGGAACCAUGUAUAGGUGCCAACUCUCGCUUGGGUGGGGUGAGUGGAUGACAGACAGGCAGCUGGCUCAAGAAAUGGAGACAGAAAGAGAGAAAGAGACAGGGCUGCAGCUGUGUGUGCUUGUCAAAGACAAGGUCACCCUCUGGGUGACUUCAAGCCUUGACACUGCCACUUCAGUUACCAUGGAGACACAGUUAAUGAACACAUGGACAGAAAGAUUGCAGCAAGUCUUUCUGUCCAUGGGUUUAUUUCUGUACGAAGGUCCAUGAAGGGGAUCUCUAUUUAAUAACAACAUUAGGUGUUUCUUUUUUCCCUCCUUGUUUUUCACAUGCCAUUCUGUUCUAAUAAGCAGACAAAAAGCACAUUUAUAUAUAGUUUUUCCUCUAGACAACCAAAGCAAUUCAAUCUCAGUCCUGAUAACACUACAGCUACAUUAUUAGCUAUUUGGUUUCUUUAAAUUUGGUUUCAUUUAUUUUACUUUGUCAUUGUCUUUUCUUAACUUCCGUCAUGUACAUCUGACGGCUGCAAUAAUGUUUAUCAGUUUAUUUUGAUGUAAUUAAAGUGACUUUUCUAACACACAUUAUUUUAUUCAAUGUCUUCAAUAGAAAUAUUCACUACAUAUUUAUAUUUACAUAUAGUGCACUUAAAGGUAUUGCCUUACUUUUCAUUACUGAGGUGGAAUUUGACUUAUUUCCAUGGCAACAUAUUCAAAAUACAAUGACAAUAUUGUUUCCAUUUUAAAUCAAUGGUUUUAUAUUACAUUUAUAUUCCACUGUUCAAUAUUUGUAAUAGUUGUAAUUAUGGGAUAAAUGCAUAUAUAUAUAUAAAACAUGUACAUAUUAUAUACAGUAUAAUGAGACAGAUUAUAGAACCAAAGAUGUAUCCAGUUCUCAACAUGUUCAUAUGAAUAAACAUUAGCUUUACUGA